AUGGGUGAAUAUGGCUUAGGAACACAGACUCAGGAUACCCCGAAUGUCAUGUUUCAACUUGGUUAUCGUGUGGUUAAGCCAAGCGUGAUCGCAAAGUUGAAGAAAGGAAAAGAGCCAUGGCCAUUAGAGGAAUUUUUCCGUCAGAGCCGUGGUGAUAAGCGGCGGACCACUCACGACCCCAGAGCCAAACAUCAGGAGCAACAGGCUGGAAAUGCAAGGAAAGGAGAACUCACAAAGCGCCAGAAAACUCCCACCCGGCAUGAAAGCUACGACUGUAGCGAAUGUGGAAAGUCCUUCUGCCAGAAGUCUUCCCUGCUGGCGCACCAGGAAACACACACCAAGAAGUCCUAUAAAUGUGAGAAAUGUGGACAAGCUUUCUAUAAGAACGAAGACCUCACAAUCCAUCAGAAAGUCCAUACCAGAGAUAAAACCUACCCAUGUAAAGAAUGUAACAAAAUUUUCUAUCACCUGUCGUCUCUCACUAGACAUCUGAGGAUCCACGCUGGGGAGAAACCCUACGAAUGUAGCCAGUGUGAUAAAUCCUUCUACCAGAAGCCACACCUCACAGAGCACCAGAAAACACACACAGGGGAGAAACCUUUUGAGUGUAAGGAAUGUGGGAAGUUCUUCUAUGUGAAAGCAUACCUCCUGGUGCACCAAAAGACACACACAGGGGAGAAACCUUUUCAGUGUAAGGAAUGUGGGAAGUUCUUUUCUCAAAAAUCACACCUCACAGUCCAUCAGAGAACACACACAGGGGAGAAACCCUACAAAUGUAAGGAGUGCGGCAAACUCUUCUCUAGGAAUUCUCACCUCAAAACCCAUCAGAGAACUCACACAGGGGAGAAACCCUACAAAUGUAAGGAGUGCGGCAACUGCUUCUACCAGAAGUCAGCCCUCACUGUGCACCAGCGAACUCACACCGGGGAGAAGCCUUUUGAAUGCAGUAAGUGUGGGAAACACUUUUACUAUAAAUCAGAUCUCACCAAACACGAGAGAAAGCAUACAGGGGAGAAGCCGUACGAAUGUGCAGAGUGUGGCAAAUCUUUCUCCGUGAACUCAGUCCUUAGAUUACACGAAAGGACUCACACGGGAGAGAAGCCGUACGAGUGUGAGAUCUGUGGGAAGUCCUUCUCUCAGAAGUCACACUUUGUCAUCCAUCAGAGGAAGCAUACAGGGGAGAAGCCCUAUGAGUGCCAGGAGUGUGGGGAAGGCUUUAUCCAGAAGUCACAACUCACAUCACAUCAGAAGACACACUCCAAAAAGGGAAAAGCUAACAAGUAGCGUAAGUUCAGAACCCCUGCAGGAAUUCACCCUUUGGCUGUAAUACACACAGAGGGAGAACCUUUUAAAUAUGGAGGAAAGAUGUCAGCCGUGUUUUUUUUUUUUUCUCCCUCAGAGAAUUAUCAGCAAAUGUGCAGAAAGAAAUUAUUCGAUGUUAUUAGAUAGACAUUGACAAUAGGGUCAAAUUUCAUAAAUAUUAGGUGGCAGAGUGUGCAAACUACAAAAUGUGAAAGAAACUUUUCUUUCAGAAGUCACACUGGUGCCAUAUAAAAAUAACACAAGGUAGAAAUCCAGUAAGUAAUUGAAUUUCCAGAAUUGUCUCUCAUAGCAUCUUGCACUACACAUGCCGAGUCCACAGUGAGGAACUCUGGUAUCAGGCACUCAGAAGGCUCCUCACAUGAUUGCACUCAAAAAGAUGGAAGGGCAUUCGUGCAUAGAUUGCAACAGAUAGGAGAGCCUCAUCAAGAACACACCCAUCAUGAAAUGUUAAUUGCAUGAAUACUUUAAUCAUCCAUAUAUAGGUAUUUUAAAUAUUUGAAACACCUUUAACAAAAAUGCCCUGAAGGCAGCUGUCACACUUCAAGUCCCAAUGCCAGUUCCAAGGUUGUUUUUACUUCCUAAAGAAACAUACAAUAUAAACAGAAACUAACUAAUAUCACAAUUAUCAAAGGUAUUAGAAGAGCAAAACACAGGGGCUGGAGAGAUGGCUCAGCUGUUAAGAGCAUUGAUUGCUCUUCCAGAGG